AUGUGCUCACCACGAGUACUUUGCCGGUUGCGACUCGAACGAGGGACAACUAAGAGGCCAAUUCAAGAUCUACUGAAAGACACGAUCUUUAGCAUUCGACGAAUUGAGGCUCAAAAGCUUCACAACAAGGACUUAUCGCUCGUGUCGGAAUUGUUUAUAUCAGAGGCAAACAAAGUCAUACAGCUGGUUGUUCGAUGGUUGAAGCACCAGACUCUGGAUGAGCUGAGUGAUCUUGUGGAAGGGAUACAUCACUUGCAACAAACAGCACCACGUUACCAUGAGUUGCUAAACAUAAUCUCGAACCAUGACAUGUAUCCGACCUCAAGAUCCAGUUUUUUGAACAUCAUCAGAAAGAUCUCAAGAUACUGGGAAGCCGCUAGGAAACUGUAUCGAACCGCAAAGAAAUUUCCACUGGUCCGCAAUAUGGAAAUUCAACUGGCAAACCUACCCAAAAAGGCAUUCGAAGGUCAAAUAGACACCAGCAAGUUUCCGGACCUAUGCUCAAGUUUAUCCAAGCUUGGAUUGGCCAAGGGUCAACGAAGUGUUCCUCUGUUGUGCCGCAAUUUGAAAAUUGACGAAAACGCUGCCCGUGCUAGGCAUAAAGGAGCUCAAAAUCGGCAAAAACUCCACGCCGAAAUCCAAAUCAUUGCCUUUUGCGAAAUGCAAGCCCGAAGGCCGUUUCCACGAGUAGUUAGUUCAAGCAAAGACGCAUGCUUUCUCUGCAACACUUUCAUUCAGCUACACGGACGAAUGCAUACUCCGAGAGCCCAUGGCCGACCUUAUCCUGGCUGGAGACUUCCGAUUCUACCGGAGUUUGGAGCCCUCCAGCAUACACUUAAUCAAUGGCUAGGCAAGACCCUCCGCCAGGAUAUUUCACGAGGCCUAGCUCAAAGAAAACUGUCUAUUCAUCCCUUUCCGAAUGAAAGCAACUUGCUUACCUUAUCGGAUUCUUCAACAACUGUGAAUCAACCGGAACUUUUGUCAGAGAACUCUGUGGGAAGAAUGACUUCGAUUCGCCGGUCUAGUACCCUAUCCGAAGGUCCGCCUAGAUAUGGCCCUUUAUUGGAUCUCAGCCGAAAUUCAAGCACUGGGACUGUGUCUCAUUCGGAAAAUUUCGUUGAGACCGUUUACUUGGCCCAAGGAGAACUAAUCAAUGAUUUUGUCAGAUUUAGCAGACCUUUCCAUCUUUAUACCGCAGAAUCGCUUGAAGUCCAUCUCGAAUUAAAGGAUCAAGCAACUUCUGGGACUAGAGAAGGAUCCUUAGGCUACGGUAUCGAAAGGCUUACAACGGACAACUUCCAAUCCAUAAGAGAGACGUGCAGCAGCUCGAUGGUGAGUCUUAUUGCAAUUGUCUGA